ACGUCAUUAGUUUCGAUUUCCAGAAAAUGAAGAAAUUACAAUGAACGACUUCAAAAUGAAUAGUUACUUAUUUACUUUCAUAGCGUUAUUCGGGGUUUCUUUAACAAAUGGCAUGGAUCUGUAUUGUUGGAGUGGACAUGAUAAAUCAACAAUAUCAAAUCAGUCAUGUACCAUAGAAAAUAAUACGACAACAGCUGCCCCAGACAAUACCACAAUUCAAAAUAAAGAUGGUGAUCAGGUUGUGUCCUUCUGCUAUGAGCUUAUUUAUCAUGACAAUUCCACAUCAUUAAACUUUGAGUCUGACCCAGUUUCUGCAAGAACAGCUCACAGGAAUGCCUCGUGUGAUUUCCUUGGACUCUGUAAUGAUAGUAUUGUGGGAACACAUGUAAAGACAACAGUAAAUGAUAUUGAAGUUAUACUUAUAUGCUGUAAGGGAGACAACUGUAAUCAUAACCCUGAUGUUUUGCCGGUGAUAAAGCCUGUUUGUAAUAAUCUUCAGUCUAAUGGAACAGUGGCCAUGGGACAUUACAAAGAAACUUGUUCCGGUUCCGAUGAUUUGUGUAUGAGCAUCACAGUGUACAAAGAAGGAACCAUUUUGAACCAAAAGUUGCAGUGUGGGAGUAAACAACAAUGUUCUGCAGCAAAUAAAACAUAUAUUCAGGAAGAACUCUGUCACACACAAGAGGAUAAAGGGGAACAAACAGAAGUUUGUUGUUGCUCGGGAGAUUUAUGCAUUCCUGUUCCAGAAAAUGUCACCAUCAUUAUCCCCAAAGACAACAAUGACACAGACUCAGCACUAGAUAAGGUUAUUCAUAACAAAGUCCAAGUCCAAAGUAAGAAGGGCACUGAUUGGUUGUUUGUGGGAGGACUAAUUGCAGCAGGAGCCUUGGUUCUUAUCGUCACAGUGGCUGUCUUGGUUGUCUGGCGAUUGAAAAAGAGAAGACAAGCGGCAGCUCGUAAUCGUAUGUUGUUUUCCUACAUGCCGAUUUCAGCUUCAGAAGUGGAUGAUGAUGACGUACAGAUGUUACUUUAAGGAUUUUUUUUUUUAAUUCACAAUUACUGGCUAGACUGGUACAUGCUGGAUGAAGAAUUAAUAUUACCAAAGAGAGCAGUCUCUUUUUGUCAGAUUUUGUUCAAGAAAGAUGCAGGCCACAAAACUAAAAUACUAUAAUGAGAAAAUUGCAUUCAUUCCCAAUUUAUUGUGAUAUGUAUGUGUGUUUUUGUGUACCGGUAUUUUUGCAACACAUAUAUUGUAAUCAGUUGCUUUGAGCCAUGAUUUAUUGUAGAAUAAGUUGAUGUUCUCAGAGGAUAAAAUGUCACAUGCUAAAUGGCAGAGUGUUUCCAAUUCUGGUCUUUCCUUUUGGAGAAUAUUUAAUGCAAUACAAUGAAGAUAUUGCAUAAUAAUUUGUUUGGUAAAGUGUUUUUUAGUGUAAUUGAAGCAGUGCAUGAUCACAAUCAGCAGAUGAAGUUAUAUUUCUGUUGAAUUUCUAGUUAUAUUUUUGUUGAUUUCUUAUUUGAACCCUAAUUUAAUUUGUUUUAUAAAUGAGAUGAAGUCAAGGUGGACAAGCAUGUCCUCAAGUACUGGUACUAACUACUGGUAAGUGGUUUGCUAAUUUUGUACCAGGUACUCUGUAUAAAUUGUCUUUUUUGUUACUGUUGAAAUGGAUGCAAGAGAAUUACAGUAAUUGUAAAUUUGCGUCCUUUUUUUACUGAAUCUCAUUUGCAGAGAUUUGUAUGUCUGCCAUGAUAACUUGAAAGAUUUGUCAUUUUAUUAUUGUUGUUGUGUUUGGUAUUACACACAACACAGGUACAUGUACUGUAACUUUUGAUCUCAUUUGUUAGAACUACUCAUAUUAACAGCCAUCUCUUUGCUGGCCAAAUGCUGUUUGUGAGGAAUUGAGCAGAUCAGAAGCAUUUAGCUAGGGAAGAUGAUAGAUACAUGUAAUUUCAGCAAUUUUUAUUAUUUUAAUGAGAGAUUCUUAUUGCAAAAUAUGUUACAAGCUUAAGAAAAAAAAAUCCAUUGCCUGAAUUAAAAAACAUGUAUUUAGUAUAGGGUAUUCAAAAUCAAAAUGUUUCCCAAAAUUAUGUUUCUAUGUGUAUUAUUUUAACCUUACCUGAGCCAAGGGCGCUAAUGAGCUUCCCUGAUCAAAGUUUGUCCAUUGUCCAUCCAUCCAGCUAUCAGUCAAUCUAUUAACUUUUUACAUUUUUGACUUCUUCUCCAGAACCACUAAGCCAAUUUCAACCAAACUUGCUACAAAACAACUUUAUAGGGAGUCACAGCCUCUUUCAAGAGGAGACAAUUAAGAUAUGGUGAAAAUUGUCAUAUUCAUAUGGAAGCAUCCUCAGGUAGUAUAGAUGGAUAUUUUUUUUCAAAUCAUGACCCCCCAGUGAUAGGGUGGGGCCACAAUGGGCAAUCAAAGUUUCACAUAAGAGUUUUUAGGAAAAAUCUUUUAAAAUCUGAAGAAGAACAGCAAAGCCAUGGUUAGUCAUAUUUGUAUGGAAACAUCCUCUGAUGUGUAGAUUCAAGCUUGUUCAAAUCAUGACCUCCAUGGGUAGGGUAGGGCCACAAUGGGCAAUGGAAAUUUUACUUAGUUAUACAUGUAUUUGGGGAAAAUCUCUUAAAAUCUUCUUGUUUCAAGAACACCAAACCAUGAUUACUCAUAUUUAUAUGGAAACAUCCCCAGGUAGUGUAGAUUUAAGUUGAUUUAAAUCAUUACCCCUUUGGGUAGAGUGAGGCCACAAUAAGUGAUCAAAGUUUAAUUUACAUAGAAAUAUAGGGGGGUAUAAAAAUCUGCUGAUGAAGAGCAACAUGACCAUAGUGACUCAGGUGAGCAUUGUGGCCCAUGGGCCUCUUGUUUCACUUCCAUUUCUUUGUGAUAAAUCAUGAUACAAUUUUGUGCCAUAAUAAUUGUAGAGAUGUAUGAAUUUUAAUGAUAUGUUUCAGUUGUGUUAGUGUAUGGGUCCAGAUCGAGUUCUGUAAAUCUCUGUUGAUGUUAAAUUCAUGUAACUCUUGCAGGUUAUGAGCACACACUACACAAUUUGUUGUAGAAUGUUACUGUACAGAAAAUUAUUAACUUCAUACUGCUAGUUGGGCAUUUGUCACAAAAACAUUUCAUACAUGUAUUGUCAAUGCAAAAUUUUAUAAUGAUGCAAAAUAUUAUAAGAUAAAUUUCAUUGAUUACAUUUUACAUUUAUUACAUUGUAAUAUUACUUCAAGAUGAGCACGAAAUGUUAAUAUGUAAUGUCAGUAAUCUCUUGUGGGUUAAGAAUAUUAGAUAACUUUUAACAGUACAACAACUUUAGUAUUUUUCGUUAUCCUGAUCACAUCUCUGGUGUUUCCAGGGGUCUUUAUUUCGCCCUUUCUAUGAUUUCCAUUGUUUAAUAUUGAGAGAAAAAUCUCAAAAUCGGUACAGAGGGUACAUGUAAUUAACUUCAAAGACGGAAUUGUUGUUGACAUUUGGAAGUCACAGUUCAUUAUAAUGAAUGCAGAUGUUAUUGUAUUAUUGUAAAAGCAGAAAUAUUCGUUGGGGAUUUUAUUUCAUUUAUUUGGUUGUUACCAAUUAUCAACAAAAUUUAAUCCCACAUGAAAAUUUAUAUGAAAAUAUAAUGAGUAUGGUUACAAUGACGAAGUUUAAUGCCCACGAAACCCUUUUAGAUGGCAAAUCAACAAAAUUUUAUUCCCACAAAAAUUUGUGCUUCUACAUUCUACAGUAUAUUUUAAGUUGUUACAUCAAAAGCAUUUGAAUCACAAUGUUUUCCCAAUUAUUAUAAUUAUUUCUGAAAAAUAAAAUUAUGUCCUUGACUAUUUUUUUCCACACAUUUCUUAGUUUAUAUAGCUUGUUUGUAAAUGUUGUUGACAUGAUUAAAUGUUUGAGUUUCUUUGA